UCUGUAUCCGAUGUCUCCGCAGUGCUCGUCCCCGUGUCCUGUGCCUGCGCUGAGUGCGCUCUGCUCGGUGCUCCCGGUACCGCCUUCCCGGUGAUGCUGCGAGUGCGUCUUGGAGUUGGUGCUGUCCCUACAUCGGAGCCAGGUCUGCAGCAGUGACCGGUGGCUGCCGUACCCGCCAGGGCAUUGGCCUCCGGAUCUCCGGUACUGGUUCACGCCGGUGCUGCGGUGUCUCAGGCUGCCUGCCGGGCCAGUCUCCCCCGACCGCAGGUUCCGGUGAUGGGGCCCCCAGCGGGCCCCGGGCUGUUCCUGCUCUUCCUCGGCUCCCUGCGGAUCUGUGCAGCCAAAUAUGUGCGGGGUAACCUGAGCACCAAGGAGGACUGGGUCUUCCUCACACGAUUCUGUUUCCUGUCAGAUUUUGGACGUCUUGAAUUCAGAUUUAAAUACCCAGAAGCCAAAUGCUGCCAGAACAUCCUGCUGUACUUCGAUGACCCAUCUCAGUGGCCAGCAGUGUACAAGAAGGGGAACAAGGACUGCCUGAUGAAGGAGUCUGUUAUCCGACCGGAGAACAACCAGGUCAUUAACCUGACUACGCAGUAUGUUUGGUCUGGCUGUCAGGUGAUAAAAGACGCUGGUCAGAGCUAUUUGAGCUGCAACAGUGGGAGAAGCUUCCGUUCUGUCCGCGAGCGAUGGUGGUACAUAGCGCUGAGCAAGUGUGGGGGGGACGGGCUACAGUUAGAAUAUGAAAUGACUCUUACAAAUGGCAAAUCCUUUUGGACAAGACACUUCUCCGCAGAUGAGUUUGGAAUCCUGGAAACUGAUAUCACCUUCCUUCUGAUCUUCGUCCUCAUCCUUCUCCUGUCGUGUUAUUUUGGCUAUCUACUACGAGGACGGCAACUUCUCCACACCACGUACAAGAUGUUCAUGGCGGCAGCUGGAGUGGAGGUGCUCAGUCUGGUCUUCUUCUGUAUCUACUGGGGACAGUACGCGCAGGAUGGAGUGGGCAGCCCCAGUAUCAAAGUACUAGCCAAGCUGCUGUUCUCGGCCAGUUUCCUCAUCUUUUUGCUUAUGCUGAUUCUACUUGGGAAAGGAUUUACAGUGACGAGAGGCCGCAUUAGCCACUUGGGUUCCAUCAAGCUGUCUGUCUACAUGACACUGUACACGGUGACCCACACAGUGCUAUUCAUACACGAGGCACAGUUCUUUGACCCUGCGCAGGUCCUGUACACCUACGAGUCCCCUGCUGGCUACGGGAACAUUGCUCUGCAGUUCCUGGCCUACAUAUGGUUCUGCUACGCUGUACUAGUGACACUCAAGCAUUUCCCUGAGAAGCAGGCUUUCUACGUGCCCUUCUUUGCAGCAUAUACACUCUGGUUCUUUGCGGUGCCUGUCAUGGCUCUGAUUGCUAACUUUGGAAUACCGAAAUGGGCCCGUGAGAAGAUUGUGAAUGGGAUCCAGCUGGGAAUCCACUUCUAUGCACACGCAGUAUUCCUGAUAAUCACUAGGCCGUCUGCAGCCAAUAAGAACUUCCCAUACCACGUGCGCACGUCUCAGAUUGGAAUCAUGGAACAGAGCACAGAGAAGUUUCCCCAUCACGUGUAUGGCAAUGUCACAUUUAUCAGUGACUCUGUUCCCAAUGUCACCGAACUCUUCUCUAUUCCCAGCAGCAAUGGGAAUGCUGCAGUGAUAAAUAAGCCAGUGCAGUACCCAGUGACCCUGGGCCAGUGCUAUUCACAGCUGACAUCUGACUCGCAUCAUGUGAUCACUCAGCCAUCACUGAAUGGAGCUGCCGGAAACCAGAAAGUGCCAGUCGGGGAGACACAGCUUGGGGGACUCCAACAGCUCCAUGCCCCCCAAAUCCAUCACCAGAAUGGAUUUCCUGAAUAUUUUAGUAUACGCUCAGCGGGGCCCCAGCCUAUCUAAGCUGCAGUAGCAAAAAAAGAAGACUACAGUCCGCACUGAGACCAGAUGGACCUUUGUAAGCCAGACAUGGGCUGACUGUCUGGAUGUGUGCGUGGACACAAUAUGUAAGAGUUUAUCUGAAUGGGUGUUUCUUAAUAAUGACAUGUCCAUGUGUAUAUAUUUUCAUACUACUUACGUAUGUUUGUGUGUGCAUGAGCAGAAAUAGUCAAGCAAAUAGUUAUGUGCCUACAUCUGUGCCUCUGCCUGGGGUCUUGUCUUAAUCAAUGUAUUCGUUUUCCCAGAUCCUGUCAGUAAUGCUCUUGGUUCAUUCAUUUUAGUUUUCUCUCAGUCCUUAUUCUUUGUUUGUUUUAUAUAGCUGCUUAAAUGUAACUCUUCAUAUCUGUAUUGUAAUUUCCCAUCUCCUGUUCUUUACAGUUUCCUGGAUCGCUCCAUCCCACCUGUCUGUCAUUUCCUGGCUCUCUCCAUCCAACCUGUCUGUCAUUUUCUGGAUCUCUCCAUCCCACCUGCCUCGUUUCCUGGAUCGCUUCAUCCCAACUGUCUGUCGUUUCCUGGAUCUCUCCAUCCCACCUAUCUGUGUAUUCUUGGAUCUCCCCAUCCUACCUGUCUGUAGUUUUUUGGAUCUCUCCAUCCUACCUGUCUGUGGUUUCCUGGAUCUCUCUAUCCCACCUGUCUGUGGUUUUCUGGAUCUCACCUUCUCACCUGUCUGUAGUUUUCUGGAUUUCUCCAUCCCAUAUGUGUGUAGUUUCCUGGAUUUCUCCAUACCACUUGUUUGUAGUUUCCUGGAUUUCUCCAUACUUUCUGCCUGCAGUUUCCUGGUUUUCUCCAUCCUUCCUGUCUGUAGUUUUCUAGAUCUAUCUUUUACACCUCUCUGUAGUUUCCUGGAUCUCUCCAUCCCAGCUAUAUGUAGUUUCCCAAAGCUCUCCAUUCCGUCUUUAUGUAGCUUCCUAGAUCUCCGUUCCUUCUAUCUGUAGUCUCCUAGGUCUCUCUGUUCCAUCUAUCUGUAGUUUCCAAGAUCUUUUUGCUCCAUCUAUCUGUAGUCUCCUAGAUCUCUGUUCCAUCUGUAGUUUCCUAGCUCUUUCUAUUCCAUCUAUCUGUAGUUUUUCAGAAAUCUUUAUUCUCACAUUGGGUAUUUAUGUGCUCCUAAUGUUUGCACUUCUCUUUUUGUCACUGUAGUUUUCUAGAGCUCUCCAUCCCAUCUAUCUGUAGUCUCCUAGAUCUCUCUGUUCCAAUCUGUAUGUAGUCUCCUAGAUCUCUGUUCUAUCUGUAGCUUCUCUGUUCCAUCUAUCUGCAGUCUCCUAGAUCUCUGUUCCAUUUAUCUGUAGCUGCCUAUAUCUCUCUGUCCCAUCUAUCUGUAGUUUCCUAGAUAUCUCUAUUCCAUCUGUAUUACCAUCUCUAUUCCAUCUGUAGUCUCCUAGAUCUCUCUGUUCCAUCUAUAUGCAGUUUAAUAGUUCCUAGAUCUCCCUAUUCCAUAUAUAUGUAGUCUACUAGAUCUCCCUGUUCCAUCUGUUUGUAGUCUCGUAAAUAUCUCUGUUCCAUCUGUAGUUCUCUAGAUCUCUGUUACAUCUAUAUGUAGUCUCCUAGAUCUCUCUGUUCCAUCUAGAUAUCUCUGAUUCAUCUAUCUGUAGUUUCCUAAAUCUCUCGGCUCCAUCUAUCUGUAGUUUCCUAGAUUAGAUAUCUCUGUUCCAUCUAUCUGCUGUUUCCUAGUUCCUAGAUCUCCCUAUUCCAUACAUCUGUAGUCUACUAGAUCUCUCUAUUCCAUCUGUCUGUAGUCUCCUAAAUAUCUCUAUUCCAUCUGUAGUUCUCUAGAUCUAUGUUACAUCUAAAUGUAGUCUCCUAGAUCUCUCUGUUCCAUCUAGAUAUCUCUUAUUCAUCUAUCUGUAGUUUCCUAGCUCUUUCUUUUCCAUCUAUCUGUAGUUUCCUAAAUCUCUCGGUUCCAUAUAUCUGUAGUUUCCUAGAUAUCUCUGAUCCAUCUAUCUGUAGUUUCUUAAAUCUCUCAAGCCCAUCUGUCUGUAGUUUCCUGGAUUUCUCCAUCAAUCUUGUCUGCAGUUUCCUGGAUUUCUCCAUCCUAACUGCCUGUAGUUUCCUAGAUUUGUCACCUCUCUGUAGUUUCCUGGAUCUCUUCAUCCCACCUAUCCUAGAUCUCUCCAUUCCAUCUAUCUGUAGUUUCUAGAUCUCUCUAUCCCACCUAAGUGUAGUCUCCUAGAUCUUUGUGUUCCAUCUAUCUGUAGUCUCCUAUAUUUCUCUAUUCCAUCUAUUUGUCGUCUCCUAGAUCUCUCUGUUCCAUCUGUCUGUAGUCUCCUAGAUCUUUGUUCCAUCUGUAGUUUCCUAGCUCUCUCUUUUCCAUCUAUCUGCAGUUUCCCAAAUAUCUCCAUCCCAUCUGUCUGUAGUAUACUGAAUUUUUCCAUCCAUCUUGUCUGUAGUUUCCUGCAUUUAUCCAUCCCUCCUGUCUGCAAUUUCCUGGAUUUCUUCAUCCCUCAUGUCUGCAGUUUCCUUGAUUUCUCUUUCAUUCCUGCCAGUAGUUUCCUAGAUAUAUCUAUUACACCUCUUUGUAGUUUCCUGGAUCUCUCCAUCCCACCUAUCUGUAAUGUCCUAGUUCUCUUUGUUCUACCUGUAGUUUCCUCUGUUCCAUCUAUCUGUAUCUCUCCAUGCCAUCUGUCUGUAGUUUAGUGGGUUUCUCCAUCCCUCCUGUCUGUAGUUUCCUGUAUUUCUCCAUCCCUUCUGUGUGUAGUUUCCUGUAUUUCCCCAUCCUUGCUGUCUGCAGUUUCCUGGAUUUCUCCAUCCUUCCUGCCUGUAGUUUCCUAGAUUUGUCAUCUCUCUGUAGUUUCCUGGAUCUCUCCAUCCCACCUGUCCAUUUCUAGAUCUCUCCAUUCCACCUAUCUGCAGUCUCCUAGAUCUCUGUGUUCCAUUUAUAUGUAGUCUCCUAGAUCUCUCUGUUCCAUUUGUCUGUAGUCUUCUAGAUCUCUCUGUUCCAUGUGUAGUUUCCUAGAUCUCACUGUUCCAUCUAUCUGUAGUCUCCUAGAUUUCUCUAUACCAUCUAUCUGUCGUCUCCUAGAUCUCUCUGUUCCAUCUGUCUGUAGUCUCCUACAGUAGAUCUUUGUUCCAUCUGUAGUUUCCGAGAUCUCUCUGUUUCAUCUACUGUAUCUGUAGUGUCCUGGGUCUCUCUGUUCCAUCUAUCUGUAGUCUCCUAGAUCUCUCUGUUCCAUCUAUAGUUUCCUAGAUCUCACUGGUCCAUCUAUCUGUAGUCUCCUAGAUCUCUGUGUUCCAUCUAUAUGUCGUCUCCUAGAUCUCUCUGUUCCAUUUUGUCUGUAGAUCUCUCUGUUCCAUCUGUAGUUUCCUAGAUAUCACUGUUCCAUCUAUCUGUAGUCUCCUAGAUUUUUUUAUUCCAUCUUUCUGUCGUCUCCUAGAUCUCUCUGUUCCAUCUGUCUGUAGUCUCCUAGAUCUUUGUUCCAUCUGUAGUUUCCUAGAUAUCACUGUUCCAUCUAUCUGUAGUCUCCUAGAUUUUUUUAUUCCAUGUUUCUGUCGUCUCCUAGAUCUCUCUGUUCCAUCUGUCUGUAGUCUCCUAGAUCUUUGUUCCAUCUGUAGUUUCCUAGAUCUCUCUGUUCCAUCUAUCUGUAGUCUCCUAGAUCUCUCUGUUCCAUCUAUAUGUAGUCUCCUAGAUCUUUGUUCCAUCUGUAGUUUCCUAGAGCUCUCUGUUCCAUCUAUCUGUAGUCUCUCUGUUCCAUCUAUUUGUAAUUUCCUAGAUCUCUCUGUUUCAUCUGUAGAUCUCUCUGUUCAUCUGUCUGUAGUCCCCUAGAUCUCUCAGUUCCAUCUUUAGUUUCCUAGAUCUUUCAGUUCCAUCUGUAGAUCUCUCUGUUUCAGCUAUCUGUAGGUCCCUAGAUCUCUCUGUUCCAUCUGUAGUAUCCUAUAUCUUUCUGUUCCAUCUGUAGUUUCCUAGAUCUCUCUGUUUCAUCUAUCUGUAGUUUCCGGGAAUUCUUGAUUCUAACGUUGGGUAUUUAUAUGCUCCUAAUGUUUGCUCUUCUCUUCUUGGUUCAGCCCUAAUUUGACUUCUCUUCAUUGUAGUUUUAUCUUAAGGUUGUCAGCCAUUUGUAUAUAAUGAUGAAUAAUUUCCAAACUGGUGUGCUCUCUUGUCCAAGCAUAGCUAGUGGCACAAAUGGGAUGGGUGAGAAGGGAUAUGGGGGUAUUAUGAGUAUGCGUAGCAUAUUAUGGAGCUCACAUCAGAUGGACAUUGGUAUAGCUGUGGAUUACUACUAGAUACUGUAUUACAUAUGAAAUGCUCUGAGGCAUGUUUUCUAACCACCUACUGUGUCCCCAUGUGUAAUGUCUGAUUGAGUUUUGAUUAUUUUUAUAGUGAAAUGAAAGCACCUCGGUUCAGUAUGGUUACCAGUGGCUCCUUUUAUCCACUCACUGCAGUGUUACAGAUGGUGUCUAAUUAUACAUAUACCCUCCGCAUAUAUUGUAUAAGAAACAUCAAGUGACCUGCUUGGGAUACUCCUAUAGAUGGUAAGCUAGCCAAUGCAUGGGUAACAAAACAUGACCCGGCAUCGUCUCCAUUCAAAGAUCAUUGUCCACUGUUGCUUUUACCCUUUGUGGUGACCUGUUAUCUACACACAGUGGGUUGUGUGGCUGAAACAACAUUCAGCAUAUUAAUUCUUCGGCAAGUAGUGACGUCACUCAGACAUGAAGAUCAGCCAAUGAGGAGCCUUGUGCCACAAAGCUACCAUUAGUUCUUACUGAAUUCCUAGUUUGAAUAUUGCUUUAUUCCAGAAAUUGGCUGAUUCCACUGUGUAUAUGUGAGUGGGUCUACUUACCCACUGAUGUGGUAUGAAGUCAGAAUGUCAACAUUCACAAUAUCGGCAGAAGGUCGACAUGGGUAAAAUGUUGAAAUUAACAGAAUGUCAACAAAAAAGGUCAACAUUGUCAUAAUGUCUACAUUUCCUUUAAGGUUAAUGUUAACGCUUUAGGGCCCUACACACUUGGCGAUAUUGAAGGACGAUAUGAACGAUAUAGUUAAAAAAUGAACGAUAUUGUUAAAAAAUGAACGAUAAAUCAUUCAUAUCGUUCAGUGUGGAUGCAUCAACGAUGAACGAUGCACGUCCACGCAGUCGUUCAUCUUUGGUCGAUCAUCGUUUAUUCAUGCGAGACAAUUUGGACGAUAUCGAUGUAAUGUAAUGUUAGAUCGUCCAAAUCGCCCAUAAAAAUCAUUCAGUGUGUAUGUAAAAAAUAGUUGCUGAAAAAUCGGGCAACAAUAAUAUCGUUGGUCGUCAAAAUCGGCCAAAUCGCCAAACGUAUAGGGCCCUUUACUGUGAGUCUGAGAAUUUAGCCGGGUACACACUUGUACAAUGUCGGGAUGAUUUGCCGUUUUGUAACGACAAGUCGUCUACAUCUAGCAUUGUGUACGCAUGAUUGCACGCUCCCGCAGGUUGUUAGCGUCAUCUUCCGAUCGGCCCUGCUGCAGGGCCGACAGAAGAUAUUGCUAGUAAUUUAGGCAGUAUAUAGUAUGUAUGUGCGUUCAGCCAGUGUCCGUUGGUCCGGGCCGAAGGCAAUUCGGCUCAACCAUCGGGACGACUGGUCUCUAGUCUGAUUAGACAAAUAAGACAUUGUCGAUAUUAAAGACCAGAGCGAUAGCUGAGGUGCUGGUGUCAAGUACAGGAAACCACUCUGUUAAUAUAAAGUAAAAUGAUUUAAUGAAGAAAAAUACAAAUAUGCGAAAUACACAUAAAAAUGCAAACACCACCGGUAGUAAUAAAUCAAGCAAUCAGACCGAAAUGAGCCUACAGUAAAAGAGCAGCAGUAUAUCAAAGUGUCACAGUCCAAUCAUCAAAUGACAAUGUGACCUAAUUGUACCAACACUGAUAAAAACUACAGUCCCAGGGAAGUAGGAGUGCAAGUACCCAAUUUGAUGAACAAUUGAAUAAUACUUAAAUACUAUAUGGACGUUCAGCAGAAAAAAGUAACAGUGACUCCAAACCAGCUACCUGCUACGGAGUCCAUAUUCAUACACCGGCAGCUAUUACACUACGACCUUUGCCGGCUGUCGGAUCCUAACUAACAGCGGCUUUACCAUUAUGUCUAUGCCGUCUGCUCAUUUUGUCGCUGCAUCAGCUGGGUUUGCUGGAAUACCGCAAGGUCCUGCUCCAUUAACUGAGCCUGCCAUCUAUACAGGAUGGCGGACAGAGGCUACACCGAACCAUAAGCUCAAGUAUUAGGUCAGCCCUAAUAUACUACAUUAAUCUAAUGCUCUGGGAGGUUAAUAUAUGAGACUCUCUGACAUAAGAAUCCUAAGACUCUCUGACAUUAGAAUCCUGCUUUUGCAGGCAACAGGUGUUCCAUCUCAGGUUAACCUUAUUGUGAGUGUUCUGGGACGCCUAGUUUCUUUCACUGGGUUAUUUUUGUCACUAAAGCAGUGUCGACAUUAAUACCAUGUCAACCGAAUGUGGACAUAAUGUACUACAACCAUCUUUAUAAGUGUAUCCUAAAUAACUGUGAGGAGCUCUCUUAUACCCUCUUGUGGCAGAACCAAGCACUGCAUACUGCACAAAGAAAGGCAAGGGUGUUAAAUGACUUGCUUAAUAAAGCUCAUUUUUAUAUUUAAAAA